ACUCCCUCUGCAGAGGGUUUACAGAGCAGCCCAGGCAGCAGCCAGAACUGGGUGAAAAAGGAGAGUAGGGGCUGGAGACCCAAGGGCAAGGGGUGCAUGUAGUUUUCUCAACUCCCCGUGAGAAGGGAGUGGGAAGAGCACAGGCAAACGGGGAAGCUGCCUUGGAAAGGACACUCUCUGAGGUCCAUAAACUGGGAAAUAAAUCCGAGGAGUUCCCGUCAUGGUUUAGCGGUUAAUGAACCCGACUACUAUCCGUCAGGACACGGGUUCGAUCCCUGGCCUUGCUCAGGGGGUUCCGAAACGAGUGUUGAGUGGAGGAUGGGCUCCUGGAAGCUCAGACAACCAACCGGACUCCUGGACUAGCACGUGGCCUUGGCACUGACUUCUCUGUGCCUCAUUCUUCCCACCUGGAAAGUGGGUAUGACCGUGCUUACCCUGUGGCUAGGUCAAUUUGCUCUGUGUCCGGCACCCUGGGGAGGACUCCUCUGUACGUGCUGGAAGUUUACCACAGGCACUCAGGAGGGUUUGCGGCUCACAGGCCUGACAUGGAAAACAGGACCUGAGAGAUGGCGUCCGGCCAAGGCCCAGGCCCCCCCAGGCAGGGCUGUGGAGAGCCCGACCCCUCGUCCACAUCAGAGGAGCAGGUGGCCCGGGACACGGAGGAGGUUUUCCGCAGCUACGUUUUUCACCGCCAUCAGCAGGAGCAGGAGGCCGAGGGGGCAGCUGCGCCCACCGACCCAGAGAUGGUCACCCUGCCCCUAGAACCUAGCAGCACCAUGGGGCAGGUAGGCCGCCAGCUCGCCAUCAUUGGGGAUGACAUCAACCGGCGAUACGACUCGGAAUUCCAGGCCAUGCUGCAGCACCUGCAGCCGACAGCGGAAAACGCCUAUGAGUACUUCACCAAGAUCGCCUCCAGCCUGUUCGAGAGUGGCAUCAACUGGGGCCGAGUGGUGGCUCUUCUGGGCUUUGGCUACCGCCUGGCCCUGUACGUCUACCAGAGGGGCCUGACCGGCUUCCUAGGCCAGGUGACCCGCUUUGUGGCCGACUUCAUGCUGCAUCACUGCAUCGCCCGGUGGAUUGCGCAGAGGGGUGGCUGGGUGGCAGCCCUGGAUUUGGGAAACGGCCCCAUCCGGAACGUGCUGCUAGUUCUGGCUGUGGUUUUGCUGGGCCAGUUUGUGGUACGCAGAUUCUUCAGGUCAUGACUCCCAGAGGGGCCCUUUGGGGUCCUGAGACCCCUUUAUGGACUUUGGCCCAGCCUUCUCCCCUCCCCUCCUCCCCUGCAGGGGUCCCCCCGCAAGAGUACAGGAGCUUUAGCAAGUGGGCACCCCAGCAUUGGAGGCCCCCAUGAAGGAGUCGGUCAGGCUGCAGGGGUGCCCCAUCAUUGUGUGGUGCUAAUGGGCCCCUCUCAGAGGGGCUGUGACCCCUCCCCUAGCCCAUCUGCUGGGCGUGGAGAGAUUGAUAACUUGGGGGAUAGGCCAGGAGCCACUUCUCCCCAAGGAGUUUUAGCUUUUCCUGAUACCCUUGGGAGGACAGCCCAUCCCCAGCACUCUGCCCAAGGCUAGGAUGGCUGGGGGGGUGGGGGGCGGCAGCAGCUCUGCCCCAGGAUUCAGCCCUUUGGGAAGGUCAGAGCUUGAGAGCUGGGCCUGGAGCCCAGGCCCUUCCUGAACAUCAUAUUCUCUGGGAACAGGACUGGUGGAGGGUGGGGGGCGGGGAGGUGCUGCUGGACUUCCCCUCUCCCCCCACCCCCCCACCCCACAUUGCCACUGCAGUUGGACUCAGGGAUUCUGGGGCGGGGGUGCAGACCAGAGCUGUCUGAAGUCCUCCAUCAGCUCCUGCCAAGCCUGCCUCUUGAGGUCCUCCCCGUCCCCUAUCCUCACCUGUUCCUACUUGCUCCCACCCCAUUCACUACAAAUGAAGUUACCCCGUCCCCAUCACCCCAGCUAAAGCAGGCAGGGGUCUUGGGUGCUGCAGUCCUGAGGACGGGCCUUGCUCAGACUGCAGGGUUUAGGUUUGUUACUAUCAGGGAAAGGGGUAGGGAGCUCAUCUUGAGGGCUGUGAACACCACUAGGAACCCUGGGGUUGGGACCCUCCCUUGUGGCCAGGGCACUGUGUAAUCGGGGGUGUGGCUAGAGGAACUGUGAACUUGAACUCGACCCCCAAUCUCCACCUGCCACACUGCACACCUGCUUAAGCCCCUGGCGUGGGGAGCAGGCUGUCUACCUUGCACUGCAGGGGUUUGGAGGUGGCGGGGAAGGAGUUCUUGAUUAUACUAAAUGCAGGGAGGGGGUGCAGUUGGAGAGGGCUGGCCACUGCCCACCCUCUGAGUGUAUCUGAAAAUAAACUGCAACCCCCCCAC